UCCUAUCUUUGGUAUCGAAAAAUAAGAAGCAAAUUGUGGGUGUCUCCACUAUGCCUAGCUAGUAUAGUGGGCAUACAACCGAAUACUGCUGGCCUGCUUUUGCACCACAAUUAAGAGCCAAUGCCUCUAUCUAAUUCUGCGUGAUUAACAAACAAUUGGAGUUGGUUGCGCAGACCUUGUGGAUACUGCGUUCGGGUUGAAUUUUUUCACCUCCGAAGUCUGUCCGAGACAGGAGAUAGCCCUAUGUUUACUAGUAGGGAAGGCUCUUGAUAGGUUCGCUUACCACGCCCCUAUCUCAUCGGACUGAUGCGUCAUCCUCUCGUCCAUAUCCACCUGCAUGCUUUGGUACCUUAUCCCGCUGCCUUCUGAUUGAAGUAAUGCCCGGACCAGAGUCGUUUCGAGCACUGGGUCAUUCGUUCCCCAGGAAUUGUCGUAUUUUAUGGUAAGGAGUUUUGGUUCUCCUUACCAUAAAAUACAAGAAGAGUCGGCAUCCUUCAUCAGACUGACGGCCAUGCUCUCAGUUUCUAUUAUCAAAUUAUCGUCUGAAGUCAAGCCAACUCGUUUCAUUCUCAUCCGAAGUGUUUCGCGCGGCUUAUUAAAGUUCUGUUUUGAAACCAGAAUACCAAGGGGGGUUUCUUGGCUGGAAGAACAAAUCCUCGCCUCUUUUUAAACUUGCAUCGUUGUGGAUUUUACUACAAUUUGAAGGCAGCUCGGUUAAUCAUGCCUAAUUUUAAGCUUAUUACAAGUGCUGCAACCUUAGGUCAGAACUCAACUACACUCUGAGAUGAGGCUCAACACCUUCCACUCUCACAAUGGCAGAUGCCCAGAGCCUAACAUGGAAGUUUCCGCAUCAUGGUGCAACACGUGCUUUAGAGACCUUGAACUUCAAGGACGGCUGCCAAAUGAGAAGCUUUAAGCCAAGUCUUUAGGUGACGCGUACAAAGCGCUGCCAAACCUCAGACUGAAGCCAAGCUUCUAGUUCGGCCUCAGCUGGGACUUGGCCCCAGCGACAACAUCUUCACUGCUCUGAAGUGCUUGACCUGGCAAUGCUCAUCCCUUCUAUCGGCAGUCCCAGCAAUCCCCAGGUCGCUUGCGGCUGGACGAUUAGGCCAUCUGGGAUGCUCUGGGUGGACAAACAGUCCAUCAAGACGGGGAAGCGGAAAUGUCCGAUAUGCCUCAACCAGGUCAAGGACCCGACGAGGCACAGAAAAAGCUUGGUGAGCGUGGCAUCAUAGGGAUUAAGGUAUGUAAGGAGGCUCCUCCGAGUAGGAAUGAAGUUGUUUCUCUUCAGUGUGGAGCACGCCACGUUCCAUCAGUUUCCUGGCAGUGAAGAUCGACCGACAUCUUCACUGUCAUUUCCUUUCCUGUUCAGCAAAACUCUUUCCAUCUGUUUGCGGCUCGGUUUUGUUUCUUUUGCAGAGCUCAAUACUUUCCUUCUUGCGCUGGCGCUCAUUUGUACCACUUCGUUUGAUUAGAGUUUUGCUAAAUUGUUUGCUUUCGAUAAUUUAUGAUCAGAUCAUGCUCUGCUGAGACCACCGACAGAGUAUAAACACACCAGAAACAUGUCAGUAGCCUCAUGUCCAAUGGGUGGUUCCGACCGCGGAUCACGUAGUAGCUCUUCCUGCCCAGUUGGAAGAGUUGGCCCUCGUGGGUGUGCCUUUUCUGCAUACCAGAUGACAGCUCCGUCAUCGUAUACUCCCUAUGGGACUCCUCAAGAUGCCCAGUCAGAGCAGUUUCUACGAUCCCAAGAACGCAAGACAAUGAACGAGUUAUUAUUGCCCGAAGCACCACCAAAAGAAGUCACCAAGGGAUUAAAGAAUGCCGAUGCUCUCAACCCAGUUGAUACCGAUGUACUGGCAAUGGCUUUGGGUGCUCCUGCUCGGCGUGUUCUUACAAGGGCAAUGGAACUUGGACCAAGAACAGGAUGGAAAGAUGGAUACCUCUCUUCACAAUGGGGCUUUUGUCCUCCAGAUCCAUCGGCGGCUCCUGUGGCUCUCAGCUUAUCUCCGGGUCGAGUAUGGUCUGAUUUGUGCGAGCGUAUGCCUGGCAUCGUUGCUAGAGGAAAAGUAAGGGAGUCAAUUCUCGCGCUUCCACUAGUUUUCGGGACACCAGAUACUAUCCCUGAUGAGGCAUUAUGGGCUGCGACCGUUUGUCUAGGUAUUCUGGCAAGCAUAUAUCGAUAUGAAGAAGCAAACGAUGGAAGUGAAGGUAUCAGUGUUGCUGCCCCGCCUGGAGCUUUCCGCAACUUGACCGGAGACGCCGAUGACGAGGAAGAAGAAACCAAGGGAAUUCCCAGAAACGUCGCGAUUCCCCUUCGUCAGAUAUGCACACGAAUGGGAAGAGUCUUACCGCAUCUCACACAAUUCGAUGUCAGUAUUUACAACUACAAGAUCAGGGACCACACCAGUAUUCAUCCAUAUCUCCCUCGUUGCGAAAACAUGGACUUGAGGUGGCCGGUAUUUAAUGAUCGUGGCGAGGCUAUGUUCCUUCUUUGCAUGGCCGAAAGCCACGGAUGCUUUAUCCCAGGCGUUGAGCUUGUUACUCGAUGCCAGGAAUGUGUAAUGUUGAAAGAUGAAGAAGGUCUUUUACUCGAGUUGGUGAAGCUGAAGCAGGUUGUUGACCAACUUCCUCACGUGUUCCACAAGAUCAGUGUAAAUCCAAACUCGGGUGAGAACUUUGCAAAUCCCGUUGAGUGGGGCCAACGAUAUGCCAAAUUCUCUGCACCACUUUCUCGACGAGUUCCAGCACUAUCAGGACUCGCACUACCACUAUUCUUGCUGAUGGAUGCUUUCUUGGGCCGGACCAAGUACGAUAGUUUCCUCGGAUUGGAAGCCUUGCACCUCAAGGCGUGGCUCCCAUUGAACAUCCGUGCAUUCAUUGCUGCGGUGGAGUAUAAUUACAAGGUGCCAGAGUUUGUGAACGCUAGCAAUAACCCUCGAUUGAAAGGCGUCCUGGAGGGCCUCGUCGAAUCGUAUAUGGGCGAGCGAGGUUGGAUGGGAACUCACAGAUACAAGGUAUAUGGUUUUCUCGAAGUCGUCGCAAAGACUGGCCGAAGCGAAACGAAUGGAAAUGCUGGAGCUGGCGACAAUGCUGGACGACCCUGGGAGAUGGUACAUAAAUCACUGUCAGAGUCUAUGAAAGAGCGAUUAGAUCCCUACCGCGGUGCGAUCUCUCAACAACCCCAUGAAAUGCGUGGGUCAUUUGAAGAGUGUCGAUUCAGAGCUCCAAUUAUCAAUCGCCAAUUCAUCGAUUCCGAUCCUUCACGGUCUACUGCAAUGGUUACCUUCGAUCUACAUAAUACUGGCAUCACCUUCAUGCCAGGUGACAGAUUGGCCGUCAUGCCUCUAAAUACCUGGAACGAAGUCGCUAAAGUCGCAGCAGCUCUCGGUCUCGAGGAAAUGCUUGAUCAACCCGUCUCAACAGCUCAAGCGCCUGAAUGGGGAAGAUUCGCCAAGCAUAUUGCUUCGGUAACCAGAAAUACUGCGAUUCCAGACUUGACAGUCCGAGAUAUCUUACGAAGAGGUCACCUGGCUCCUUUGACAAAAGAUCUCGUCAUGGCAUUUCACACACUUCUCCGUGCUGCUUCAAGUACCACUUUGAAGCUCCUUGCUUGUGAAGAAUGGCCUGUCCCAGGAACAGUGGGUGAUCUUCUACAAUUCGCUGUCGAGGAAGUCCCAUCUUCCACCUGGGAUCAAGCAUUCGAUCUGCAAGAUUUGUCGUGGCUGCCAAAACUGAUCCCAAUCGAAGUUCCAAGAACUUACAGCAUAUCAAAUUACUCGAAUGGACUUUUGCCCGACAGCGUAGACUUGACGGUUUCUCGAAGCAACUACCACAUUUCACCAGUCCUGCAGAUUCCAGGGCAGCCCACGCUAAGACAUGGUGUCAGCAGUGGCUACCUAAACUUCGACCUCUCUGAAAGUAACUGCACGGAGGACGAGGAGCCUCUCCUCAUCGGAGUUUCAAGACCACUCAACUUCCAGCUUCCUGUGUCCGUCACCGUUCCAAUUGCCAUGUUCGCUGGAGGCAGUGGAAUUGCACCGUUCCGUGGUUUUUGGCAGAGCAGAACACAAUCAGGCUUUGGUCGAAACAUCCUCUUUCUUGGAACUCAAUCGCGGGAUAAGUUCUUGUACGAAGACGAGAUUCGGAGCUACGUUCGUCAUGACAUGUUAGAGGUUCAUACAGCGUUUUCUCGGGACAAGAAUGGCCUGGUAUACGAUCCGAUAUCCAAGGACCUCGUGGAGAAGGAAAUGGAGUCUCGGUAUAUUGAUACCACGAUCAUCGAGCAAGGCCAGACGGUCUGUAAUCUGGUCAUCUCUAAGAGCCAAGGUGGCCUUGGUGGAUACAUCUAUAUCUGUGGGUCGAUCUCUGUCUACGAAACAAUCAUCUCUGGAAUUAGACAGGCAAUUUACAACAAUUGGGCAUCAACCAAAGAAUCUGCGGAGAACCUCCUAGCUGUCGCCUUUGCUGAACGAAGAUUCAUGCUGGACAUUUUCAUGACUCCCCAGCCGAUCUCGUACAACAGCCCCAUCAUUACCCUGGCGCACUUGGCACAACACACAGGUCAUAAGCCUAACUCUCGUAUGUGGCUCGCUGUUCAUGGCGGUGUUUAUGAUGUUACCGACUUUCUUCCAAUGCACCCAGGAGGAACACUAAUUGUCCGCGCCUCAGCUGGGCUUGAUGCCACAAAGACAUUCGAUGAGCUUGCCCACACCUCCAAUCCCGAAGUCAGCUCCCUCUUGUCCAAAUACUUCAUUGGUCACCUUGCACCCAAGCCGAGUUUCCACUCUCCCGAGUUGUCAGAACUCUACGACACAUGGCACGUUUACCUUCGCACCUGCGUUGAGUCAUUGACCACCCUCCAUCUCGAGGUUGACCACAUCAUGAAAGAUUCCAAAGUCUGGUUCCAGAACGGUCUUUUCAACAUGGGUGGUGUCAGGAAAUUCUACCAAUUCCAAUCUCGCCUGAUGCAGAACGGCUUCUCUAUGAUUUUCGGCGUCAAGAUGCAGGAGUUGCAUCUCAAGUUAAGCUAUGCAUUGGCUUCACUCAAGUCAGGUUCGUCCACCUCUAGAUUUCCAGACAUCAUCGGUAUCGUCACGAGGGCGCAAUCGAGCCCUGCAAGUGCGCAAGCCAGCAAUGAAAUUGCUCAGAUUGGACAAUUUGUGUGCAACAGUCAAGGGGCGCAGUUCCAGGAAAAUGGUAUCUUGAAAUAUGCUCAGACAGUGACGGCAUUGGAUGUGGAGUUCCUAGAGGAUAUUCUUGGGGAGGUGUGCAAGGGGAUGGAGUCUUUCGAAGGGAUCAAGCGACUUCAAGAUGGUCGUGGAAAACAGGCAACUCUGAAAAUAUCCGCCUAUCUCCUCACAAUCCUCGAGCGUAUUGCUCAGCGACUUGAAAUAUUCUAUUCCCGCUUGUCAACUCACACAAUCUAUACCCCCUCUCUCGAAGCCAACCCAGCACGAACACGCUGGAAUACCCUCCGGCGCAAGAUAUUUGACGGGUCGUUCUUCAUACUCGUACAUGAUUCCGACUUCGAUGCCCAGUCAAGAGACUACCAAAACCCAUAUCGAGCAACACGUCACGAACAGCAAGAUGUCGAUUUCGAUGCCGUGGUCAAACAAGUCCGCGCUGCUCUGUCUGAUAAUGAUGAUCUUCCACCACAAAGCUUUGGGCGUGCAGGGGAUGCUGAUUCUGGUAGACAGGAGCAAUCCAUAGAGCGACGCGGACUAGCAGCGGAGCAUACUCUACGUGCUCAGCCGAACCUCAAAUCUCCUUCCAGUUUCGAAGUUCACGAGCGGCGCAGUGCACUGAACAGAAUCAGCGUGUUCAUGGACAAGAAUACACAGAAUAUCAAACGCCUGUCACAGAUGCCUGGACUUGAAGGCGUUAGUUACCAAGCCAUUUUGAAUACCUACGGAGGCGCGAAAACAGGGAGAGAUAGUCCACUCCCUCCUCUACCUCCUCUACCGAAAGAUAUCAAGACAGUACAGAACGCAUCGCCGCUACCUAAGAAUACUACUCUCCAUCAUCGUCGUCAACGUCCUUCGGAUGUUAAUCUGAGUCUCACACCAAGUAAUAUCCAUUCUCCUCGUGAUACGCAGAGAAGGGAAUUCUCUCCUGCGGAUCUUCGACGAGUCCCACAUUCCAGUGUCGAUGAGACCAGGUCCCGAUCAAGAGCAAGUUCUCGAGGGAGUGCGGAGAGCGACCACUCUCGCCCUGUUGGGCUGAGGACUCGUCGACCCACGCUGAUUGAGAAUGUUGGUGUGCCGAUGGGGUUGAAGAUCCGCGGACAAGGUGGGGUUGGAGGGGAUGGGAUGGGAGGCAUUGGUGUUGGUUUUGGCAUAGGCGGGGGGCCGAGGAGUGAGGGUGGAGGUGGAAGGAGGAGAGGAGAUAGUGAUCGAGGCCGAGGACUGGGAAUCAGGCCUCUCACAGUGCUGACCAGUGGUAGCGGGGGCAUGAAUUUGAGGGAGUUGCGACUCGCUGGCCACUGAUGGUGUGGAUGGGUGGUGACGAGGAAAGGCGACGUGAGCAGUUUAGGAAUUUAUCUAGAUAGUAAAUGAUCCAUUUGACAUG